GACCAGAGAAGAAGAGAGGGAGAGCAGGACAAUCUGAAGAUCAAAAUGCCUCCCAACUUCGCCGGCACCUGGAAGAUGAAGAGCAGUGAGAAUUUUGACGAACUUCUGAAAGCGCUGGGUGUGAACGCUAUGCUACGUAAAGUGGCCUGUGCUGCAGCAUCCAAACCGCACGUGGAAAUCCGUCAGGACGGAGAGCAGUUCUACAUCAAGACCUCCACCUCCGUGCGCACCACCGAAAUCAACUUCCGCGUGGGAGAGGAGUUUGAUGAGGAGACUGUGGACGGCAGGAAAUGUAAAAGUUUGCCCGUAUGGGAGACGGAAAAUAAAAUCUAUUGCAAACAGAAGCUGGUGAAUGGAGACGGACCCGUAACGUUCUGGAGCAGAGAGAUGAGUGGAGAUGAACUCAUACUGGUCUUUGGGGCUGACUACGUGGUUUGCACUCGGAUUUACGUACGAGAUUGAGGUCUAGGGGUAACGAAGAUAACUGUAAAUAACGCAACCAGGCAUAUCAUGCAUCUCAACCCUACUCUGUCCAAAAAUAUACAAACCCUUCACGCAUGUCAGUCGGUGAACAUGCAUUUGUGCAGUGCAUUGUGGGAUUCCAGCCACAACCUUCUUGUUGCCUAUAGUCCAAUGAUAACAACUAUUUCUGUGAUCAUUCAGUUUCUUUCUCUCUUUGUCUGUUCUGUGUGCAAAUGUGUGCAUUGCAAACAAAAACAGAAAUAAAAAUGAAAACAAAUAUCCUUUUG